CAGGUUUCGGGUGGAGUUCGAGUUUGCGAACAACCCGUAUUUCCUGGACAAGGUCCUGUGGAAGGAGGUGUUGCUGGAGAGCGAAGACUUGCCCAUCUCAACAGCCGUCCUGUCGGAGGCACCCCCCAUCAAGUGGCGGAAGGACAUGAAUCUGACAGUGCGCCAGGUGGUGAAGAAAGCCAAGUCUGGCAAGGGGAAGGGCAAGUCGAAGGAGAGCGCCACGACUCUCAAGACGAAGCCAACCCAGUCGUUCUUUAACUUCUUCGGAAGGGGCGCUUCCAAGGGCAAGAAGCAGACGGAAGCGGAGGAAGACGAAGAUGAAGACGAGGAUGAGGACGGCAGCGCAGCGGCAGCUGGCGAUGUGCCGCUUGCGCAUGCAGACGUGAUCUUGGCCUUAUGGAACGACGUCGUGCCAAAUGCGGUGGAGCUGUACAUGAGCGAAGGUCUGUCCAGCCAGGGCAUCGAGUCGGAGGGCGACGAGUACGAGAUGGUGGGCGGCAGCGAGGCGGAAAGGGAGGGCCUGCCGCCUUCAGCACAACGAAGGCUCAGGGCCCUGCAGUUCCUGCACCAGCAGCGAGUCGCCCUCAAGCAGGCGCGCGACGCAGAUCUCCGCAAGAUCGAGGACGACCUCUUCGCGUGUGCCGAGGGUCUUUUGGACCGGCGCCGCUUUGUCGUGGUCGGCAAGGAGCGCUCCACGGAACGACAAGCGCUAGCGGUUGCGGAUGACGCAAAAAAGGGCGGGUCGGCGCGGUUUGUCGAGAAUAUGGUGGUCCCGCGGUUCUGGUUGCUGGCGCUCAAGGGCUGUCCGGUGACGGUGGAGCUGAUCCGGCGGGCGGACGAGCGGAUUCUGGCGUACCUGGCGGAUGUCCGAGCGGCCCGGCUACCGAAGGGCCUCCGAAUCGACUUUGAGUUCCUGCCAAACCCUUUCAUCGAGAACGAGGUCCUCAGUCGGACGUACACACUGACGGACGACACACAGGUGGUAGUGGAGACCGAAGCAACGCCGGUCAAGUGGCGGGAAGGCGUAUACGACAUCACCGCCAAGAAAGGUAAAGGGGGAUCUUCCAGGAGCGGGUCCACAGCAAGUUUCUUCUCGCUGUUCACGAAAGAUGGCGCCCAGCGCGUGUUUGCGGGCGACAGCCGGACGCCUCUGACGGGGACGGAACUACGGGACCGAGAAACCGCCCUGGCUUUCACCCUGCGCGACGUGGUCAUCCCCCGGGCGGUGAACCUGUACCAAGUGGCAGCAGCGUGGGGCCAGGAGGAGGACCCCGGCGCUUCGGAAGAGGACGAAGAAACGGACUCGGAUGGCGACCUCGACAGCGACGAGAUCCGGCGACGAGUGAAAGGGAAAACGGGCCGUGGGCGCCGACGGGGGGCGGGCGAUGUCGACGACUGGACCUGCUGCGGACUGAGCAGGACGCAAAUGCUCGUCCUGCUGAGCUUGCUCAUAGCGCUGCCCCAGGUAUUGUAUCUCGUUGAUAUGCUUCUUGCGAGAAGGUAUUGAGCCAGAGGAAGCCGUUGUCACUUUGUGAGGCCGAUACGGCGUCCUUGCUGUGUAUAUAUGAGCUGAGGAGAAAACAAUGUGUACAUUCGUUGAUACGUCGAUUGAGCACCGCUCGUAAACGCAGUCGAACCAGGUUGUCACCAGCUGAAAGCCCUUGGAUAGGUUUGUUGACGUCUUACGACAGCACUGGUCGUGAGCAACGAGGUACUUCACUGUUGAAUCACCGUCGUUCUGAUAUGGGUCUUUCAAUUCACGCUUUGUACCGUGCCGGGUCAAUCAUUGAAAAAUGGGAACUCGAGACAACACAGACUCUUAAUUGUAGGCCGUCAAAUCUGGAAGAAAAGCGAGC